UUGCGCCAGAGGCUCUGGGCUGGCUCACUCGCCGCAUAUGGGAAACACGUAAUGCGAAAACAUUCCGUGGUAAGGCAACCCCCAACCCCCCAUCCUUCUCUUUUCCCUCCCCCUUCCAUCAUCUCUGCUCUCACUCGUGGCCGUCUCCUCAUUCCCUCCCAUGGUGACUCUCUCCACGCCGACGCGAUUGGGGCUUGUCAACAAUCCAGCCGCAAAAUUUGUCGCCUAUCCGCUCGGCAGCGCCGCUCCUGUCGCAUUUUCUGCCCGGCCUCCUCCUCCUCUCUCUCUCACAGCCAGAAGAAGCCCGGCAUCGAGGCUUUCGACCGAUCCAGCAGCCAGCCUCCGCGUCUGGGAAGCUGCUGUGUUCCACUUCGCGGACAUUCUCUCCCUCCCUACAGCCCCCACCACCUCUCCCCCCCACCCCCCCCCCCCAAAAAAAAGUUGGAAUUUUAGUUUUGGAAUUUUUAGCCGUGUCGAGUUGGCUUUUUGUCCGCGCGUGAAAGUCAGAGCGGAGUAGCAAGCAAGCGCGUAGCAACAACAACAACAACCACCACCAACCACAACAACAAAGCCAAGCAAGGUUGAAGCGCAUCUCCAGCGGGGUUGGAGGAGAUUGUCACGAACAAAGAUGUCCAAUUCCAAGGGCAAGGAGCGAGGAGUCGUGGGGACUCAGCCCAGCAGCCCCUCGGCUCCGGGUGGGGGCCUUGAGCCGUCCACUGCUCGUGGCGAUCGCAACAAGGGACCCCCCCAGCAACAAGGUUAUACUUCACCCAGCGGUGCACAGGGCUCCGGGACACGUGUGGAAGUGCAGGAGCAGCAGCAGGAGGAAGAGGAGAAGCUGUACAAGUGCUGUGGGUGCCGCUUCCCGCUGUUCGCCGCGAUCCUGCAGCUGCUGUUCGGAGUGUCCAUCGCGGUGGUGGCCUUCGUGAUGCUCGGUGUGGCUCCUCUGGCGACCAGGGAUGCUCCGCACUGGGCCGGCAUCCCCGUCUGCAUCGUCGCCAUCAUUGGACUGGUCGUGCUGUGCGUGAACUACAAGGCGGAGGAGGACACUUCGCUACAGUUCUGCACAAAAAUCACGUACUUCCUCCUGUGCGUGCUGGGUAUGGCGCUGAGCCUGCUGGCCGUGUCCUUCUGCGGGCACCACUACACGCAGCUCACGCGCUACAGCUGCCAGCUCAACGCGCGCAGCGGCACGUGCGAGUGCCGCGUCGACCCCAGGGACCCUAUCGCGCGGGUCGUGCGCUACGCGGGCGUCAGCGACUGCUCCGACGUGACGGGCAGCCUCAAGGCGUUCCUGCUCCUGCAGGUCGCCCUCAACCUCCUGCUCGCCAUCGUGUGCCUGCUCACCUGCUACAUCAUGUGGAAGCACCGCUACGAGGUCUUCUACUCGGGGCUUCGCCUCUUCGCCGUGACCAGCGUCGGAGCGGCGGAGGCGAGCAAGCAGAAGGCCUAGGGAGGGAGGUGCCAUCGGGCGAAGCUGCCACUCGUCCUGGGUUUGCCCGGGGCCACUGUUUUCGUGUCAAGGUGCCAGGCGGAGCGUUACACCGCAGGUUCGCGAGAGGCUGUGAAGGUGGUUUGGGUGGAGGCCUUUAUCCAGCAGUGGAUUGAUCAUGGUUGAUGAUGAUGGUGAGUCUCGGUUUGAAAAAGUCUAUUCCCGGUGUCCCGAAGAAAUUUGAUAAACUUGGGAUUUUUGUCCCCGGUUUAAACAUUUCUGGCCUCAUGCUUGACCCAUGAUGUGGGCAAAGGGUGAGGGCUACUUGAGUAGUGGUGGGCAGAGUUGGGCGCCACGGUGGCUAGGAGAUGUUAACUGCCUCGCCUGGUAUACAGGAGGUCGUGGGUUCGAUCCAGACCCUGAUGCCUGCUGCUGUAUAU